CCGGCUGCACCAACACGGAAUGUUUUGGUGCAGCGCUUCAGAACACGGAAGUGAAGCGCUGCUCCUGCUCCUGCUUGUGUUUGUGUUUUGGUCUCGGCACCGGAUAGAAAACCUAAUUUGUCAAACGUUAUGGCAGUGAGCGCCGUUCACCUGGAGUCAGACGCCUUUCUGGUGUGUAUGAAUCACGCGCUAAGCACGGAGAAAGAGGAGGUGAUGGGUUUGUGCAUCGGGGAGGUGGAACUCACCCGGAUCGUCCACAUACACUCCGUCAUCAUCCUCCGCCGCUCGGACAAGAGGAAGGACCGGGUGGAGAUCUCCCCGGAGCAGCUGUCGGCGGCCUCCACGGAGGCGGAGAGGCUGGCCGACAUCACCGGCAGGCCGAUGCGGGUGGUCGGCUGGUACCACUCCCACCCGCACAUCACCGUGUGGCCCUCCCACGUCGACGUGAGGACCCAGGCCAUGUACCAGAUGCUGGACCAGUGCUUCGUGGGCCUCAUCUUCUCCUGCUUCAUCGAGGACAAGAACACCAAGACGGGCCGGGUGCUGUACACCUGUUUCCAGUCCGUGCAGGCGCAGAAGGGCUCCGAGUACGAACGGGUGGAGAUCCCCAUCCACGUCGUGCCCCGCGAAGCCAUCGGUAAGGUGUGCCUGGAGUCGGCCGUGGAGCUGCCGCGGAUCCUGUGCCAGGAGGAGCAGGACACCUACCGCAAGAUCCACAGCCUGGCGCACCUGGACCCCGUCACCAAGAUCCACAACGGCUCGGUGUUCACCAAGAACCUGUGCAGCCAGAUGUCGGCGGUGAGCGGGCCGCUGCUGCAGUGGCUGGAGGACCGGCUGGAGCAGAACAAGCAGAGCAUCGUGGAGCUGCAGCAGGAGAAGGAGAGGCUGCUGCAGGAGCUGGCUGCUCUGUGAGAGGACACAGAGGCUGGAGGAGGACAGCUGGGAGACCACUAUCAGUUCUUCCGUUGUUGGACAGAGGAAAAGGACCUUCUGUUUUGCUUGUUUUAGCUUCUUUACAAUUUUCUUACCUUCCAGGCAGGGCUGGGUAUCGAACCUAAACACUUUUUUGUACCAACCUAAAAGUGUCUGUCAUAGUCUGGAGUAUCAAGAACUGUCUAAUACCAAAGGUUGGCAUUAAAUGUCUGGUCAGGAUCGUAGUCUUGAUUACUUAUUCUUGAUUAGAUAUUUCCUUAUUUAAGUUCUUGUACAGCUGUAUUGUGUUAAGACUAGAGUUGCAACAGUUCACUUUCAUUAAUGAAUAAUCUGUCGAUUAUUUUCUCAGUUAAUCGAUUAAUCAUUUGGUCUAUAAAAUGUCAGAAAAGAGAGAAAAAUGUCCAUCAAAAAUUCCCAGAGCAAAGAGAAUGUCUUGUUUUGUCCGACCAUGAGUCCGAAAAACUCAAAGAUACUCAAUUUCCAACGAUAUAAAACAGAAAAGCUUCAAAUCCACGCAUUUGAGAAGCUGGAACCAGAACAUUUUAGUCAGUUUUGCUUGGAAAAUUCUUUUGAAAAAUAAAUCGAUUAUUACAAUUGUUGCAGAUUAAUAGUCGAUCGACCAAUCGAUUAAUCAGCUAAUCUUCUCAGCUCUUGUCCCCAGAACUGGUAUCUAAAGUCUGGUCAGAUUUGUUGUUUUGCUUACUUAUUCUUUGAUCGGAUAGUUCCUGAUUUAAAUAAUUACUCAACACAUUUUAUUUGUAUUUUAUUCCAGCCAAGUUCUUGUACGGCUCUUUUGUGGCGAGACAGAAUUAAACCUUUGAGACAUUUGAGAAGUCAGGUUCAUUUUGUUAAUAAGAAAAUCGUGUUUUGUUAUAAAAAUGCUAAUAUUCCUCUAACUACGGAACCAAAAGGUAUUGUUUUGGUAGCUGUAUUAGAGCUACAGCUAACCAUUAUUUUCAUUAUUAAUUAAUCUGCUGAUUAUUUUAUCGAUUAAUUGAUUACUUGUUUGGUCUAUAAAAUGUCAGAAAAUAGUGAAAAAUGACCAUCACAAUUUCCAAUAAUCCAAGGUGAUGUCUUCAAAUUGCUUGUUUUGUCUGAUCAACUGUCCAAAACCUAAAUAUAUUCCUGAUAUUCAGAUAUUUAAUUUACUGUACUGUCACAUAAGACAAAGAAAAGCAGCAAAUCACCACAACUGGAAGCUGGAGCUCUGUAAUGUUUGAUAUUUUAUAUGGAUCUCUUUCACGCAAGUCAAUCAUUUGUGUGCAUUAGUUAUUACCAUGUUUAGUGCAGAUAUGAUAAUAAUAUCAAUAGUAAAUUCUUUCAGGGCUCCAUAGUAACGUAUUGGCACCAGUUUUGAACAGAAUUGAACAAUUUCAAACCAUACACAGCCUUUCUUCCAGGCUGCUGGUGGUUUCCGUCACUUUCAGUACAGUGUUAAAAUCAACUUGAUGAGACUUGAGACUGUCCUUCCAAUGAACAUUAUAAUUUUGUGGCAUGGAGCUGAGACACUUAGUCAAAUAACUGAUAAAUCAAUCGGCAAAAAAAAAACAACCCUGCAAUAAUUUGGAUAAUUAAUCUUUCAAUUACUAUUCAAGCAAAAAUGUCCAAAUGUUUUGGUUCUAGCUUCUCAAACGUGAAGAUUUCCUUAUAUACUCCAUUUUAUAUCAUUGUAAAUUGAAUACCUUUGGCGUGAGGACUGUUGGUCAGACAAAACAAGACAUUUGAAGACGUCACCUUGGGCUGUGAUGGACAUUUGUCACCAUUAAGCAGGGCUUGAUAAUGUAUGGUAGUAUUGGAUUUACAGGAUUUUUGCAUCAAUGUGAACACUACCUGACCAAAAGUAUAUGGUCACCCCAGUCCACAUACUUUAGUGUAGUUUUGGUCGGAUCUGUUUUUCCUGUUAGUUCCAGAAACAGGGUGUGUGCCUGGUCUUAAAAAGUACUAAAAGUUGAUAAAUCAAUUUAGCUACAAUUAAGGUCCUUAAAGGGAUUAAGCACCAUUUUCCAAGGUAUUACAUUUUGUAAGUUGUUUUCAAUAUGUAUACUUGUCCAAAGAGCUUGUAUGGUAAAGUUUACGUGAAUUUAAUCAUUGCGUAGGUGCAUAGUGGGAUUCUGUGUACUUCAUUUAUGGAGUCCCGCUACAUUUGACGUCAUCUGGAAAGGACGACGGUUAGCACGAGCUCACUGAAGCUUUGUUUAUACUCGCGCGGGCCUGCGCAGAUGGCGCACGAGCUACGAGCACGCACAGAGGCAUUUAUGCUCAAUGCGUUGUUCGUUGCAGUGUUCUCCGAAACGACAGGGGGCGUACAAACAGAAUAUUCUGUGAAUAAGCAAGACUUCAACGAGUGUUACGAACGUCAUUCUCCAACAUGGCUACGUGCACUGCCAUACAGCUCCUCAGUGUUGAGGAUGCAUUGAUCUGUUUAUGGUUGAAAAGACAAAAGCGACGCUAGCGAUGUGCCAGAAUCAGAAUCUGUUUAUUGAACAUUACAGUGUUUUAAAAAAAUUAUGUAAAACCAAUAGCGAAGCCGGUUAGUGUUAAACUACCUAGCUAAUGGGGAAAUGCACGUUUUCAGACAAACCCAGUAUAUUUUCUUCAUGUUCACAAUCUGUUCCGCAGUAAGUUGUGCUCGUCAGCAACUUUACAGAAAGUUGGUGACACCAUCUGAACACUGGCGGAUCUGUGAAGGAGGCAGGAUGCAGAAAUACAUUUAGACUUAAAAUGGCAUUGGCUGUUUUUGUGAAGAGAAAGAAGAGGGAGGUGACGUGGUUUUAACAUAGCAGCUUGUGGUUGUAGCCCCUUGUUUAAAACAAAGUAAAAGAGUAUGAAACAUAAAAACUAGAUGUGUUUUUACUCCCAAUACAAAGUUAAAGCAAACCUGACUCAAUCCAUUCAGCAUUUAUUACAGAUAUCUAAGAAAAAAAAUGCCUUUGUUAAGCCUUCUUCAGUCGGUAUCAUCAGACCAAGUAAGAGUGUGAGAGAUCUAAAUCUACCCUCACCCUAAGAAUAGUCACCUCACACCUCAGCAGCUACGCCAUCAAUGGUGUCUGCACUGUGGGUGUUCCUAAGUGUCCUAAAAUCAUUAAUUUGGUUUUGCAUGCAUUGAAAGAGACGUUGUUUUUAGUGUACCACAGCUAAAGCUGCCUUUCUCUUGUAGUAACUGUUAUCAUUUAUCAGGCCAACCACUGUGGUGUUGUCUGCACAUUUAUUUUUUGGGGGUUUAUUUAUUUUAUUUUAUUUUUUGGUAUUUGGCAAGGGUUUCUGUGAACAGGUUGUAGAGGACUGAGACAGCAACCCAGCAGCACAGCUGCGCUGAGAAUUAUAGCUGAGGAAUAGCUGUUGUGAACUCUUACAAUUCAUCGUCUCUUUUAUAAAAAAAAAAAGAAAAAAGAUCUAAGUGUUCUCCUUCAAGAUGUUGUAUGACAGAGUACAAGAGAAAGGAAACAUCAUCCACAGAUCUGUUGGGUCAAUAAACAAAGUCAAGUGGGUCAAGAA